UUGAAGUUUAACAGCUGAUAAGUUGAUUAGUAUGGCGUGUCCUAAAUGUUCAGUAAUGACCAAUUUAAUUUCAUUAUCGUAAAUUGAAUCGAAUCCGUCCACUUCUUUGGUAGGCAGAUCUGAAACCCAUACAAUCCUCCAUUAGUAUUCCUGAGACACAACUACUGAUCGACCCUAAUAGGAACCCAAAAACACGCUGAGUAUUGCUGAUGCAAAUUCCACAAUAAAAAUAUUCAAUGACUUAUUAAUUUAAUGGAAAUUUGAAGCAUGUGACUUAUGUAUUCUUUCUAAUUUGUCGAGGUUUCGUCUGAUAUGCUUGAAAAUGAAUUCACUAAACUUCCUACUUUAGUGUAUUUUUAGAAGAUUAGUUUUGAAAAUUAAAAUGCCUGGCACUAGUCUUGUUGUGCCAGUGGUUUUGUGGGGUAAACACCCCCCAACACACUGUAUUUCUUGUAUAUUUCUUUCGAAUGAUCAAAAGACCUUAGCAACUGGUUGUUAUGAUGGUCAAAUAUGUUUAUGGCAAGUUGAUCCAGAUACUCUUCAAAUGACGCCAAGAUGUUUACUAGUUGGGCAUACAGCCCCUAUACUGUGUAUAUCGAAGGCAUCAAUUGUUCAAGAUAAUAACUAUAUUGUGUCAAGUUCAGAAGCUGGAGAAAUGUGUUCAUGGGAUUUAGUCGAUGGAAAAUGCCGUGAAGUUAAGAAGUUAACACAAGUUCAUACAAAUAUGCAGGCCUAUCAUAUGAACAACUGUGCUGACGUAAGAUUAUUUUGUAAUGGAUAUUACCCUGAAAUUAUGGUUAUGGAUCCCUAUAAUUUAGAGGUAUUAUUUAUGUUAUCAUCAAGGCAAAACCCAGACUGGAUAAGUGCACUACAUGUUUUACGUCCAGUUAAAAGAAAAGACGAUGUUGUGCUUGCGAUAACUACAACUGGCAUGGUAAAAGUUUGGACUUUGCUUGGAGGAGAGAACAAAUAUUCAGAUCCCAUAUAUGAAAAUGAAAGUAAACAAAUCAAACCACUGAAUGCUGUCUGCAUAGUUUGUUGUGCGUAUAACCAAAGAACUGUUUUAGUGGUCUGUACAAAAUAUUGGCAAAUUUAUGAUGCAGGUGACUUCAGUGUUUUAUGCUCUUAUCUGGCUCCUAGAGGAGAGAGGUGGCUGUCAGGGGAUUUUAUUGCCAUUGAUCGAAUUAUAAUGCUAUCAGACGCUGGCAAAGGUUACCUAUACAAGUUGCCGGCAAACAGUGUCCCUGAUAACAAGAACUUCCACAAACCGAGUACGGAAAGUGACAGUCCAUUCCUUUACUGUUUGCUCAGUCAGCCUGACAAUAAGACUUUAUCAUGUCCACCUGCCAUGAGAUUCGUUAUGACACAAAAACAGAACAAACAAUGCCGAUACCUACUGAGAGGCGAUUCAGAAGGUUAUAUUCUAGCUUGGAACAUUCCCGAUAUCUCAGAGGCUCAGCUGGCGGAAAUAAGAAACCAUAAACCCCCCCAGCCCGUCAAAAUGAAUGCUUCUUUGAUGACUAGUCUUUCAGAGGCCUGGGAGAAUGUACGUCCCAGGCCUGUUGGUAUUUUGGACCAGCUAGAAAAUCACGAGGGUCACAGAGUGAAACUGACCGCAAGUAUAUAUCUGCCAACACAAUGUAGGCUUGUUGUUGGCAGAGAAGAUGGUACUAUAAUAAUUGCGCCAGCUGUUCAAAGUAUUAUGCUCCAGCUUCUUCAUGGAAAUCAUCAGAACUAUCAAGAUUGGCCGCCACAUCAGAUCUUAUCAGGACAUGGGGGCAGGGUGAAUUGCCUCCUCUAUCCGCACAGCCAACAUUCCAGAUACGAUAAGAACUUCUUGGUAUCCGGCGGUGUCGACUUCGCAGUGUGUUUAUGGGAUUUGUACUCCGGCACAUUAUUGCACAGGUUUUGCGUUCAUGCCGGAGAAAUCACCCAGCUUUUGGUACCGCCUAACAAUUGCAGCAAUCGCAUACAGAAAUGCAUUUGUUCUGUCGCAUCGGAUCAUUCAGUAACAUUGCUCAGUUUGACUGAAAGAAAGUGCGUUUGUUUAGCCUCUAGACAUCUGUUUCCCGUUACUACUAUCAAGUGGCGCCCUCUUGAUGAUUUCAUCAUCAUAGGUUGCUCUGAUGGUACCGUUUAUGUAUGGCAGAUGGAGACGGGUCACCUAGAUCGAGUUCUCCAAGGAAUUGCAGCUGAAGAGGUCCUAUAUGCUUGUGAAGAGAACGAAGCUCAUAAUAUGUCCUCUGAUGUUGGCCUAGCUAAUCCAGCUGUUCAUUUCUUCAGGGGGCUUCGACAUAGAAACUUAUCCGCCAUCAGACAUGCAACACAACGAGGCUUACACCAAAUACAGCAGCUUGGGGCUCACAUAAAUAACGAUGAUCCCCAUAUGCAGAGAAGUCACACAUCCCCUCUUUCAAUUCAAGGCUUAAGAACAAAUCCCAAAGAUCCCGAGAGCCAUAUUCUUUUCUUCGAUAUUGAAGCACUCAUCAUUGAAUUGUUGAGUGAAGAGUAUGCCAUGAUGUCUCCAGGCAGUCUGGAAGCUGCUGGGUUGACAUCACAGACUGAAUAUAUGAAGGUUUUAGCUUUAACCCAAAGCGCUAGUCCUGACGCUCAUAAAAAAAUUGCUGAUUUCUUUGGAAAAGUGAAAGACAAAGCCGAAAAUAUGGAAAGAAUUAUAAAGGAAAAAGACAAACAUGGUAUAUUAGCCAAAAUGAAAGAAGGAGCUGAGCAAAUGCAAACGAAAAUUCAAGCCAAAGCGGAAAGUGUCUUGAAACAAGGAAAUGAUAACAAUAAAGAAGGAGGGGAUCACAACAGUCAAUCUUCGAAUAAACCAUUGAGUUUUCCGUUCGAAACUAGUCAUGGAAUGGAAAUUGCCCAAUUACUCUUGUCUUUAUUACAUUCUUGGGGCCUGGACAGUGAUCUAGACCGGGUGUGUCAGGCUAAACUGGGCCUAUUGAGACCUUUGAUCCCUAUAUCUUUCGGGGUGUUAUCAAAAGCGAAUCACAUGUCCCUCUUCCUUCCAACUUGGCACAAUUGCAUACCGAUGGAGAAUGAACCUAUGCCUCUACCAGCCGAAAUAUCCUUAUCAAAUUGUUUGCCCCCAGAAAUGGUGAGGCAAGAACAAUUAACUAGGAUAUUUACGGCCAGGACCCAUUGGGAAUUGAGUACAACACUGACGAGCAAUCACCUGUUAGCUAUCAUUGCUCUCAGUCAUACUUUGAUGUCUAUGAGCAAUGCUACGUUUGUCCCAGAGCAAGAACGCAACAGAAAAAUGCAUAGGCAAUCCACGAGAGUUAAUUGGAGUAAAGUCGACGAAGAACACGAAGAGCUUUAUACUCAACAGCAAGCUCAUAUAAAACAAGGAUGGUCGUUGCUAUCCACGUUGCAUUGUGUUCUUUUGCCAGAUAAAGUAGUCGAAGCUGGUGCGAAACAUUUCAAACGUCCGCAAGUAGAGAUGAUGGCUAAAAGGUGGCAGCACCACUGUGUGGAAGUGCGAGAGGCAGCUCAAACCCUCCUCCUGGCCGAACUGUCGAGAAUGGGUCCCAAGGGUAGGAAAGCACUAAUAGAGACGUGGUCCCCGUAUUUACCGAUAUUUUCGACUCCGACGGAUACUAUAACCCAACAAAUAACAUCACCUAUAACACAAAAUAAUAUAAAUUCCGCCAAUUCCAUGCCGACUGAAGCAGAGGAGGAGGAGGACGACGAGGAGGACGAGACAGUCAGGAGGCCGUCAAAUAUAACGGAACUGAAACGUAAAUAUUCGACUGCGAUCAUUCUGUUGGGUGUGAUCGGAGCCGAGUUCGGACAAGACAUUACCAGCACUGAUAAUUCGAAAAAGAGAAAUAGUGAAGAUCGGAGGAAGAGCAGCGGUGCUGAAGGAUUCGGUAGCAGAUGGUCCCUAAGGUGGAGUAUAAAGAAACAGCCAGGUCCUGGGAAUAAUAACUUGGCCAGGUUAACGGCCAUGGCUCUGUCGCAUCUCUUACUUGCUCCUCCCUCUCCCAAACUCCCAGCGUAUGUGGCCUUGAGGAGAGCAGCCAUUGACUUGAUCGGCAGAGGGUUCACGGUUUGGGCGCCUUUCUUGGACAUCAGUAAAGUACUUCUUGGUCUAUUAGAACUCUGUUCUGAAGCUGACAGGCUGGUCCCUAGUAUGACUUAUGGUUUACCAUUAACUCCUCAAGCGGAUUCCUGCAGGACAGCUAGACAUGCCUUGACUCUUAUUGCAACAGCAAGGCCCGCCGCAUUCAUAACAACAAUGGCGAAAGAAGUGGCCCGCUACAACGCCAUGCAGCAGAAUGCACAAGCAUUGAACAUAACCAUAAACAAUAACGUCUUGCACAAAGCCAAACCGGAGAUUUUGAGAGGAGUUGAGUUAUUGAUAGAAAAAAUGCAGAACGAAAUGACCGAUCUAUUAGUAGAGUUAAUGGAUAUCAUAUUGCACUGCUUAGACCAAAGUCAACUCAAAAAUAAGAGUUUACAAGACGUAUUUCCCGCAAUAUGUAGAUUUACGCAAGUUUCACAUUGCCUUACAACUCGAAGAAUAGCUGUUGGUUCUAAUAACGGUACACUGACCCUCUACGAACUGCGUCACAAUAAGACCACUUCCAUCAACGCACACUCGACUCCAGUUACUGCUGCUGCCUUCAGUCCCGAUGGCAAAUUUUUGGUCAGUUACUCUUGCGGUGAAAACAAACUAUGCUUCUGGCAAACUAGCACAGUAAUUUUAAGAUGUAGAAAGAUCCAUAUACACUGUGGUUCUUGCACCUGUCCGAAAGUAGGGUUUUCUUUGAGUUUCUGUGGUUGUACAAGAGUUGAGCAGGACGAAAAUCAUGACGAAAGCGAAAAUCAUAUCAAUGAAAAAAGCUGCAAUAUACGUAUGUUCGGUUUGGGCCAAUCGCAGACCAGGUGUGUGAAGUCUUACAGUACCGCUCCCAUCGCUGACGUUUCAAGGUUGAACCCGAUGAGACUGGCCAGGUUGAUAUGGAUCAACAAUAGAACAGUUACACUGAUGCUGGCAGACGGUUCGGAAACGCGGUUCAAUAUAUAAGGUUUAGGUCGCCAACUUGUCUUUGUGGCCUUCAAUGUUGAUGUUAUUCUCUUCUUCUUCUGGUGUUGAUUCCAUUCUACGAUAUUCAACUUAAAAGUGCACCGUAAUAUUCUAGAAUUUCUAUGUAAAUGUAUUGUAUCAAUAUGUAUCAAAUUUUAUCUCCUUUAACAACUUUGUUUUUGACAUCGCUACUGUUGGGGUGUAUAUGAAGCAAUAACCCUUAGAGUUGAUUCACCAUAGGCUUGACUACUGAACUAGAAGGAAAGAAAGGUGUCGACGCAUGGCAAAUCUAUAGUGUUCUCUAACUCGAUUCUAUUUUUUAAGUUUCUAAUCAUGACGGUUUCAAACUUUUCCGAUUUUGGUAUAAGUCAAUUUUCUUUAUCUGGAUUUUAUCAACACCAUCAUUUGAAUCUGCGAUUGGGUUAUGAUUGUUUUAAUAUUAGUUGUAUUUAUCUUCACAAUAAUUGAUUUCGGAAUUGUAUCAAGAACGAUGAUAGUGAUCUAGUCAUUUUUAGUCAAUUUGUCAAUUGCAAGGUUGUUGGGUAUUUGCAAUAAUAAUGUAAGAGGUAAUUUUUAAUUUUAUACAUCUGAGUGACAAUAAUUUGAUGAACACAAAUUAUUUUUUCUUAGUUCAUGUAAAUUAAAGAGUUAGCCAAAUCGUCUGAUAUAUGAUAAAUAGCCUUAAACAUUUUAGUUUCAUUCAAUGUGCCUCAAUAUAUAUCUUAUAAAUGGAAAAUGUAUCUUAUUUCCACAUUUAUUAUGAUUUUUCCGUGGAAAAGAAUCAAAUGGAAUUAAAUUGAUAAACGGACAAUCUUUAUGAUGGUAUUAAAUUGUAUUUUCAAUUGCUUUCUUUAUUAAGUUGAUAUAAUCGUUCAAUAUAUUAGAGCUACUUUCUAUAUUUGAUGAAGAUACAUUUUACCAUCUAUUCUUAUGUAGUAACGACUGCAUUCUCUGCAUAAAUGGAGAUAAUAGCUUUGUAAAACUAUUGAAGUCUUAUGAUCCUUGAAAUAUUUAUCGACUGUUGAGAGUUAUAAUUUUUGCAUUUUAAAAGGCACAGAAAGAUUUUAAAAAGAAUAUAAAUUAGUGUUUGUCUAUUUGCUAUAUUAAUCCUAGUGUAGUAUUACAGUUCUUAUUCCAGAUCCCUCAUAAUGUUGAAAUCUAAAUAUUCUCGUAAAGAAAAACUACCUAUCAGAAUGUUUAAUGUAAGAACAGUUGAAUGUAUCCUCCAAAAGGCUAUUUAGAAUAAAUAAGGAAAAUACCCAUAUUGCAAACAUUUAUUAUUGCAUUUUAGAAUUUGCGAUUAUUUUUGAAAAUUCAAUAUUUUUCCAUUAAUCAUAUUCGGUUUGAUCAUUUUGUAUUUAUUCAAAACUAAGCAUUUUUACAGCAGGACCUAUUCUGAAAUAUUUUAGUAAUUUUUCGUUAGUACUUAGUAGUGCAACUUCAAAAAAAAAAUCAGUACGCCUGAAAUAAUAAUUUCUUGUGAUAAUUGUAUUUUUGGAUUGGCAAAUCGAGCGUGAUUUGAGCUGUAGGAAAUAUUCUCUCAUUUCUUCAUGUUAAUUUUUUAUCAGUAUUGUUUUUAGUCAAUUAAUUCUCAAUUUGGUGAUUUGAAAUUUCAACCAGAAUGAUUGAUUUGGUAUUCUGUACCGUAUUGUUGGAAAUAAUAUAUACAUAGUUGUAAGGAAUGUAUAAAUGUUAUUUAUUUAUAAAUUCUACCCUCCUUUGUAGUAAAAGUGUAUCAUAUAAUACGUUAUUUAAUUGAUAAUAAUUUAAAUUUAUUCCCAUGUAAUUGUAGUUUUAGUUAGAUCCUAUUGUAAAUUAAUUUUUGAAUUUUUAUGCUGUAAAUAAAUAUUAUUAUUUAGAUAAUCAAUCACAAUAUUCUAUUA